AUGCCCAGAGCAAAAAUACUAGAAUUCUUCGAUGUCUGCAACACGAGGAUGGAUCUGCCAGAGACGCACAAGGAGCUUCUGACAUACAUAGCAGAGCAGAAGAAGAUCCCGAACGAGCUCAUCAUCUCAAUACAGAGAGAGCUAUUGGAGGAUCUGGGAUUCGAGCAGGAGCAUGGCUGCGCCGUUUUGUCAAGAAUUGGGCAGGACUAUCCGAAUGACGUCGAGGUGACUCAGAAGAUGAAAAUCUGGAAAUCCAAAGCAGAGCAAAGCUGCCUGAGAGCUGUGAAGGCUCACCAGGACGCUGGAGGCGAGGCGCCGGAAAUGCCAACAACGCCUGUGGUUGACAAAGACCUUGCACUGGCCAUGGAGAAAGUCAUCCCCAAGGCCAAGGAGGAGGUGAGCAAGAUGUCGGAAGAAGAGAAGCAGGCGUUUCUGGGAGAGAAGGCCAUGAAGAAGCUGGAGGUUUUCCAGGGCCUUCCUUCAGAUGGCAGGCUGGCGUGGGUGAAGCGCCUUUCCGAUGAGGACAAGGUGGAUUUCCUGAAGACUCAGAUGCUCUUCGUGGAGAACCUGAAGAAACAGAUGCAGGCAGGGCAGCAGGUGCUGAAGAUGAAAGGCGGUUACAAUACAGCGCCCUGCACCAUGGAGGAUGCGCAGGGCCCGAGCAGAGCGCCGGCUCAGGAGCAGAUGAUGUAG